AUGACGUGUGAAAACUGGAGCAAGCGUAAAGGUUACCUGUACUAUGCCAUGGGUCAGCUGAGACAGAUAGGAAAACAGUUCUACGACACUGACAUCCAUGUUGAGGUUUUGUCUGAGCAGCUGGUGGAUUAUUCACACGUCACCAUGAGGUGGCAGGAAGGAGACCAGGGUCGGCGUACGGGGCUCCGGACGCUCAGGGUGGAGGACCCGCCCAUCAAUCGAGCGGACCUGCUCGAAGGCAUGCUUAAGCGUCUCGUCCUGAGAUUGUUCCAGGGGAAAGUCAUCGUGACUGGCAAGGACAUGGUUGUGCAUAACGUAGGCUCUGGUUUGGCGACCGUCUUUCCUGAUCUGGAUGGGAAGAAGAUCAAUGAUGCUUUUCUGCUUGCUUGUCCUCUUGUGGAGUUCACAUGGAACAUGGUGUUUCCUGAUGUGACCGUCCUGUUCAGUGAUGUGGUGAGCUUCACUCAUAUCUGCAGUCAUAUCACACCCAUGCAGGUGGUCUCUAUGCUCAACACCAUGUACACGCUCUUCUACACACUCAGUGAGAAACAGAGUGUUGAAACUAUAGGCGAUGCCUACAUGGUGGUGGCAGACGCUCCAGAAAAGACCAAGUUUCACGCUCAUAAUAUUUGUGACAUGGCUCUAGAUAUGGUUCUUUCUAUUGAUCAUCUCAAAGACCCGUCCAAUGGAAACAACAUCCAGAUACGCGUGGGAAUUCACUCUGGUAUGGUGGUGGCUGGGGUCAUAGGUCACAAGAUGCCUCGCUACGGUCUUCAUGGUGAUACAGUCCACACUGCGUCUGCCAUGAAGAGCAAUGGGAAGGAAAUGCACAUACAGCUGAGCAGCGCUACUUAUGAGCACCUGAAGGGAAGUCACUUUAUUUUCGAGAGACGCGGUACCAUCACCAUCAAGAUUGAGACGUACUUGUCACGAUCUUACUGGCUGAAAGGAAAGAGAGAUAAAGAUGGAAACGCUCAGGCCGCAUGCCCACAGUUUGAAGCCCAGACCAUCAGUAAAGCCGCCAUCUCUGCCCCUGAAGCGCCCAUCGAUGAGGACGUGCUGGUGUUCCCCUCUGUGGCAGGUGAGGAUGAGGACGAUGUGAAAUCUAUCCGCUCUCACUGCAUGAAGAUGGAAACCUCUGGAAACUCUCUGGAGGAGUCGAUGGAGGAGUGUCGGGUCGAAGAAGCAUCCGUCAGUAAGUCUCAUUAUAAGGACGCUCUUCAGGACAGCAGUCUGCUGGACCCACACAUUGAACUGGACUCGACUGAGUUUGACGUUGGAGAUUCAAUACUGGAUUCUCCUGCUGGCUCGUGUGAUUCCCACGGCUCUGAGAAGAGCACCAUGUGCUCUGUGUGCUAAACAUAGUGAUCACGGCAUGGCUUUGAAAUUGAUUUCCGAGUGUCUUUUCUAAAGCAUUCAGCUAUUUCAGCCUUUUUAGUUUUCAUAGUCCAUCCUCAGAAUCAUAUGGCUAUUGAUCUGCAUGUGUUUCCCAAAGAAUUUUGUAAACUGGAUUCGCUGGAUUGUCUUGUAAAUAGAUUAGAGGUAUUAUUGAACUGAAAUGUGCUUUUUGUGUUGGCUUCUCAUCUGUAUUCAGUCUCAUUCAGGUUAAAGCUUUAUAAAUCUUUGUUCUCUUUUGCUGGUUUUAUGCUUUAUAUUGAUUGAUACCUUUAUUUUUUUCAUUUUUAAUGAAUCUCCUUAUGAAAAUGAAAGGUCAUAUUUCAUCCUAUAUCAUCAUUUAAAAGGAAAAUAAUAUUAUUAUAUUCUUAAAUUAUUAUUAUUAUUAUUCAUUUAUUUUUGACAUUAUUUGCAUGGCAAUUAAGCACAUUCGACCAGAUUCUCAUUUAGUAAUUAAAACCACUGAAACAAUAAAAAAAAAAAAAGAAAAAAAGAAAUGAUAAAAAUAAAUAAAUAAAAUCAGCAUAAAUUAAGCAGUGCAACAAAUACUGGCAUGAUGUAUAAAUAUUUAGCGAUUGAAAUAAUAUAUACUUUUCUUUAAGAAUGCUAAUUGGGGAAGUGCUUACUUGACAUUAAAAUAAUUUUAUGCACAACCAUUUUAAAGUUGUCUAUAAGAUUUUCUUUAAUGUUUUUGAAAGAAGUCUCUUCUGCUCACCAAAGCUGCAUUCAUUUAACAAAAAUACAGUAAA